GACGUAGGAGUAUAGAUUGCCAAUGCAAGCGCGGCUCAGACUCAGUCCUCCAGCAAACUCCAUCGAGGACUUGUUGAUCUUGGGAACACCUAGAAGCACCUUCUUCGAACCUAUCGAGAAUCACCGGUCAACCUAAGUCAAGGUUUAAACUGACAAUUUCAAUUUUAACCACUCGUACGUGAUCCGACAUCCCUGCUACAUAAACGAAGAUGUACACAUGCGUUGCAUUGGCCGUCGUCGCUCUGGCGGGCUCGAUGCACCUUGGCGUCGAGGCAUGGGGCGGUCUCUUUAAUCGUUUCAGUCCCGAGAUGCUGUCGAAUCUUGGUUACGGUGCUCAUGGCGACUACAUGAGCAGAACAGGAUUAUAUCAGCGGCCAUUAUCUGCUUCCUAUGGAAACGCUUACGGAGAUUCUUUGGAAGACGACCCGUACGUGCCAUGCGAUCAGAGACAGUGUACAGCCAACGAACAUUGUUGUCCAGGUUCUAUUUGCAUUAAUGUCGACGGAGUGGAAGGCCAUUGCGUGUUCCAACUUGGACAAAAACAGGGCGAGCUAUGCAGAAGGGACAACGACUGCGAGACUGGUUUAAUGUGUGCCGAGAUACCCGGCAGUGAGACUCGUUCGUGUCAACCACCGGUGACAUCCAACAAGCUAUACAACGAGGAGUGCAACAUGUCUGGCGAAUGUGACAUCAGCCGUGGCUUGUGUUGUCAGCUUCAAAGACGUCAUCGACAAACAGCCAGAAAGGUUUGUUCGUACUUCAAGGAUCCACUGGUGUGCAUCGGACCGGUGGCAACGGAUCAGAUCAAGUCCGUUGUGCAGUACACUUCCGGUGAGAAGCGGAUCACUGGACAGGGAAACCGAAUCUUCAAACGGGUCCCAUUCGCCUAAAAUCUCGAUCGUUCCUCGAUACCCAGUGAAAGUGGAAGGAGUGUCUAUGCGAAUCAAAUCUAUCUUACAUGUAAUUACUGCAGAAAAGCCUAGUAUGUAAGUCUGUCAGUUAUAAAUUCUCUCGAUUCGUUCGACGUUCCCGAUCCACGCCUGCCGACGAUGAUGAUUCGCGUAAUAUAAUAGCGAACAUCGCCGAAGCUAGCAGGAAGAUUCGGGAAGGACGUAAACGCGCCUUCCAAAUCGCUUCUCUCCUAACAUUAUGACUGAAAAAUACGAUACAUAUCAGAAUAUCCCGUCUCGUAGAAUCGUAAGGUAAAGAUACAUAUCAAUGAAGAGAAUCAUGAGGCGCGUUUCCAAAAACUAUGCUAAUUAUCGACGAGCAACGUGUUCAGGGUACUUAAAACUUUCGUUCUUUCGACUCUUCUGUUUGUCAUAAAUAAAGAUUAGAAUUUAAAUAGCAGUCGAGUAGAUAGGACGCGAACUAUGAGCACAAUAGCCCUAGUAAGGGGUGACGUUACUUCAGUAAGUACGGUUAAAAUAUAUUAAUUUACUCCUAAGUUAACAUUCAGUGGAAUAAUAGUCCUAGGUAUCAAAGGAUUUCAUUAAUUCUUUGUUCAAACAUUUUUUUGCAUUUGAAACAACGACUGAGAGAGAGAGAGAGCGAGAGAGAGAGAGAGAGAGAGAGAGAGAGAGAGAGAGAGAGAGAGAAAGUGUGUAACAUUUCUUCUUGCGUUAGGUUUAUUUACUUUGCCCUCUGCACAAGCAAAACUGAUACUAUUUUCAGCAAUUGUUGAACUGACGAUUUCGAGAGAUCCGCGAAUCGAGUUUCCUGAAUUUAUUCGUAAGAUGUCUCCUCGAACUACUCAACGCACACAGAGGAAAACUAUAUACAUAAUAUACAUAUUUAUUCUCCUGAUUCUCGAAAAGAGAUCAGACCAAUCCUUCAGAUAUCAGUGGUAAAGGAAUACUUUUGGGGAAGAAAUAUUUCAUCGAUGUGACAUAAAAACUACGGCAUCAACGUUCUCGAUCUAACCGAUCAUUUGAAACUUACGAAAACGAAACAACACUUCGUCGGUGUCUACAAGAGUAACUUACUUAUUGCAUUGUUUCGUCGUUAAGUCGUGUAUUGGAAUUCGAAGACAAACGUAUCGUAAUCGAUACGCGUCCAGAAGAUCCGAAAAUAUACAUAUCAAGUCAGCGUUGCUUCGCGUAGCCUAUAUUCCAAAUUCUUAGAGUUAUGUGCGUAGACUAUUCGCCAGAAUGACUCAUUUAUGUGUGAACAUUGCUCUAUUAAAAAUUAAAUCGCGGGAAUCGCUCUAUUGAAUAUUGAAACCUCGGAGAUCGCUUCGUUAAAUGUUAUUAAAAUCGUAGAAUUAAAUGUAACGUUAUUAAAGAAACGCAUAAAUACGUAUAUAUGUACUUAUAUGUCUGUGAAAAUUGUUACUUUAAAUAUAUAUAUAUGAUAUAUACACAUUAAAAGUAACAUGUAUCCAUACACACAUAUGUGUAUGUACGUAUGUUACUUUUAGUAUAUCUGAAGACGACACCGAUAACUUUGGGAUUCGUAAAUGUUUAUUAUAAUUGUGGUUUUAAAUGAAUGCAUUCUAUGCGUACACGACGAAGGAACGUGCUACAAUCACGAUCAUAGUCGUGGAGUUAUGGAACGGGAACGAAGCAAAUGUUACGAUUGUUAUAAUUCAGAAAUCGCGGUGUUUACGUCGAAACACUGUUCGCAAAACAUUUUCUGAUGCGUCAAGUACCUGUUGCAAAAUCUGGACAAACCCCUCGUUUCUACGCCACUGAUGCUAGGCAAAUCGAGAGAGUCCAAACACACAAACAAAUAAUAAAAAAAAAAAAACAUAAAAAAGAA